AUGACAUUCGUCGCCAACCCUACAAUCUCAACUAUCCUCCCUACCAAACCAUAUAUCCUAUCAAUCGUUCCUUCACCCAUUUCACCCCAUUUAUUCCUCCGACAUCCCUCUUCUGACAUUUCCAUCAUCGAUUCCAAUUCUCUCUCCCCCGUGGGAUCUUUGAGUGGUGGACAUGGAGAUCAUGUGACUCAAAUUGUUGUUGGUGAGAAUGGAGGUGUUUGGAGUAGUGGGAAAGAAGGUGGUGUGGUUAGAUGGGAUGAGAGGGGUCGAAGAGUUGCCAUGGGUAUAAAAGCUUUCAUCAGGAAACCAUUAUCCGUUUCAGCUCUUGCCGUGGCUGAAAGAGAUCAUUUGGUUAUAGGUGGUACAGAAUUAGUUUCUUCCGAAGCUCACAUUAUAUUUUGGGACACACGUAACACAUCUUCACCCAUUUACACACAUUCUUCAACACAUUCAGACGAUAUAACUCAUCUUUCCUUACUUCCUCCUUCAACAACUUUCUUACCAUCUCAUCCUUCCCAUCCAACCGGAUCUUUACCUGAACGUCUAUUACUUUCAACAUCGACAGAUGGUCUUGUCGCGUUGACAGAUUAUAAAGAAUCAGAUGAAGAUGAAGCUGUUAAAUCAUUUGAUAAUUGGGGUCAAUCUUUCGCUUCUGCUUCUUUUUUCCUUUCCACUCAUUCUAAUAACGAUUCCAAUAAAGGGGAAAGAAAUGGAGAAAUCAUGAAAAUUUGGGGAAGAAGCGAUAUGGAUUCCAUAGCUCUUUGGGAUUUAACAUUAUCAGAAGAAGGAAUAGAAUUAAUUAAUUUAAUCGAACAUCAUACUUCUGAUCUUAAAUAUGAAGAAUUUGAUAUACCAACAAAAAGAGAGAAUGUCGUUCGUAGUGCUCAAGAAGAAAUUAUGGAUAAGAAGAAAAGUUUGAAAUCGGAUUAUGUAGUGGAUGUCAUACCUUCUCUUGGAGUAUCGAAAGAGGGUCAACCUGUUUGUGCUGUGGGGACUAAUGAAGGAGAUCUUAUAAUCCUUCAUCAACCCCCAAAAUCAACGUACAAACCUUCAGCAUUCCUUCGUCCUUUGAAUCAAACUCAUCACCAAGAUGUAAUUCGAGCAAUUUACCACGAUCCCUCUUCUCAAGCUAUUUACACAGGGUCGGAAGACGGUGUGGUGUGCGCUUGGGCGAUGGGUACUUUUCCUCGGGUACGUAUCGGGGAUCCUGAUGUUGAUGAGGUGGAGACGGAUGAAGAGGAGGAUAGUGAAGAUGGGAUGGACGUGGAUAGUGAUAUUGAUGACGAUUCGGAUCCUCAAAGGCCUGGUUCUGCGUCUGAAGUGGAAGAAAGUCGUUAUGGACCUGUUUUAGGUGGGAGAGCAAAUGAGAGGAAAGAACGUAGACAUGCUCCAUAUUGA